AUGGCGAGCGAGGGGAAAAUUAGCGUUGCGUUUGUGUGUCUGGGCAACAUCUGCCGCUCGCCCAUGGCGGAGGCCGUCUUCAAACACACGGUCAAGGAGCACGGGCUAUUGGACCGGUUUGGCAAGAUCGCGUCGUUCGGGACCGCGAGGUACCACGUUGGUGAACCCCCCGAUGAGCGGAGCGCUGCGACGUGUCGGAACCACGGUGUGCCCGUGGACCACCGCGCGCAGCAGAUCCGGAAGUCCCACUUCGACGAGUUCGAUUACGUCGUGUGCAUGGACGAGGCGAACUUGGGGAACUUGUUGCGGUUGAAACCUGAGGGUUCGAAAGCACGAGUCGAGCUGUUCGGGGAGUGGAAUACUGGUGGGAAGUUCCGGAAAAUCGUGGACGACCCGUACUACGGUGGGAUCAACGGGUUCGAGUACAACUUCGAACAAGUAAGUUACUUCAGCGAGGAGUUCCUCAAGAGGGAGUUGCCGUGA